AUGACGAAAAGCAACUUGGCCGAAGCCGCAGCGUCAGUUGAAGCAUCAUCAACACCGUCGUCACAAGGAGUUGGAACAGUGGUGGAAAAUGACGCACCAACAUCUGCAGCAUCGACGUCAGAACCAGACGCUGAUGCCAUCAAAAUGUUUGUGGGACAGAUUCCUCGUCAUUGGAAUGAGACGGACUGCCGUCGGUUAUUCGAGACGUAUGGUCCAGUUUUCUCAUGUAAUAUUCUCCGCGACAAGUCGACGCAGUCAAGCAAAGGCUGUUGCUUUGUGACAUUCUACCAUAGGAAAGAUGCGAUUCAUGCGCAAGGGGCUUUGCACAAUAUUAAAGUCAUUGAAGGAAUGCAUCAUCCGAUUCAAAUGAAGCCAGCUGACACAGAGAAUAGGAAUGAACGUAAAUUAUUCGUAGGACAGCUGAGUAAAAAACACACAGAAGAGGAUUUGCGGUUGAUGUUUUCUAAAUUUGGCCAAAUCGAGGAUUGCAGUGUUCUAAGGGAUAACGAAAAUAAAAGUAGAGGAUGUGCGUUUGUGACGUUCGUGAACCGCAGCUGUGCCGUACUCGCCACCAAAGAAAUGCACCAUUCGCAAACAAUGGAGGGUUGUGCGGCGCCGCUCGUCGUGAAAUUCGCUGACACGCAGAAAGACAAAGAUGUGAAACAGAAAGCGGCAAUGCUCGGAGCGUCUACGUCACCUAAAUCUUCCCUACUCGCCAAUUUGAAUCCAUCACUUUUACAACAGCUGGGCGGCGGAGGUCAGAAUAUUCAAGCAGUUGCUUCAAUUCUAUCAUUGUUAGGAGGGCAACAACCGCAGUCAGCACCGCAGCAGAAUGUCCUCGGAUUACUUGGAAGCGUGUUGUCGGCUCUCGGGAAGCUCGCAGAGCCUGAUGACAAAACGCCGUCGACGUCAUCGAAAUCAUCGUCGACGGCGUCACCGAGCAUCACUACCAACACCACAACCACCACCACCUCAUCCUCCUCUGCAACAAGUACGACGAACGUGGCGAGCACGACAAGCUGCCCAAAACCUCAGCAGCCUAUAGCGCAAUUUCUACCACCAACCGCGCAGACAAUUGACGCCUUCACACAGGCGCAGAUGGCUCAAAUCGCUCACCAAAAUCAGAUUCUAGCGUUGCAAGGAUAUCCGGUACAACAGGCGCCGCAGUCAGUCCAAGUCUCGCAAGCAGGUCUUGCUGGAGGUCUGGCUAAUACUAAAACGACGUCACCUGUUGCUGCUACGAUUCCUAAUCCGGCAAUCGCUUUGGGGCCCUAUGCCACAGCUUCAACGGCGGCUUUUGAUCCAUAUCAAGCCGCUGCCCUUCAGCAACAAUAUGCUUUGCUGGCUAACCUUCAAGCAUCAACAACAGCAACGGCGGUAGCUUCGGCUCCGAUUCCAAGUGCUAUUGUGGGAAAUGGAGACGUGAAGGGCCCGGAAGGCGCGAACCUUUUCAUCUAUCAUUUGCCACAGGAUUUCACGGAUAUCGAUUUGCACAACACUUUUGCUCCAUUUGGGACAGUGCUUUCUGCGAAAGUGUUCAUUGAUAAAGUUACAAACUUGUCGAAAUGUUUCGGCUUCGUGUCAUAUGAUAACGCCACAUCGGCUAAUAAUGCGAUACAAGCAAUGAACGGUUUUCAAAUCGGCUCAAAGCGUCUAAAAGUGCAAUUGAAAGUGGAGCGAGGCAAUCCGUACAAUCGAUAG